AUGGCAUCGCGCACCCCUCCGCUCUCUCCUGCGGGCUGCGCCUACUCGCCUCCUCCCCUCCCCCCUUCCCACUCCGACGACGGAGCGGCCGGCGUAGCCAGGCGGGGCCGCGGCUCGCGACCAGCGCGGCCGGGCAGGGGCGCGCGCAGCCCCGCGGCGAGCGUGCGGCAGCCCCGGUUGCUUGGCGCCGGCGACGGGAGCAACGGGAUAGAGGCGACCUGGGCGCGGCGGUCUGGCCGUCGUCGCUGCACCAAUGCUUCACGAGUGCCGUCUGCACCAGGCCUCUGGGUCGGCCCUCGCCCCGUCCGCCGGCAACGGGCCCUGCGACGCGCCGUCUUCCACGGUCACCGUCCCCGUCGCCGUCGCCUGCGUGCCCACUGCGACCGGUUCUACGGCUUCCCCUCCAACAUCGUCGCGCUCCCUGGCGCGAGAUCCCCUUCCUCCCCGCCGCCCGGCUCCUACCCCGACUUCCAGCGCCUCCUCCCCGCCGUGGACGCGCGCGGGGGGCGGAGGCCGAGGAGCGCCGUGCGGGAGGACGAGCGGGCGCGGCGCAGGAGCGGCCAGCCGCCUCGCGUCCUCAGGUUUACAUCUCCUCCCUCUGUUUCUCCCUUCUCUCGGACUCUCCACCUUCCUUCCCUGGCGGCGACGACUGGGCGAGCGGCGGCGCCAUUUGUCACAUCUUCGCCAAGCUCUUUGCCGGCGACGAGCAUCUCCAGGUUAUCAAAGGAUGGGAUGUUGGCGUCAAUGGUAUGCAAGAUUAUUAUGUUGUUUGAUUUUGCUGCUAAUAUGGAGCAGAAAACAUUGUUUCAAAUAAAGGGGUGCAGAAACCAAAUUGGUGUCUUGAUAUUAACUGUUGCUAUUACAUCCAUGGAUCUUUUCCUGACGAUGUAUGUGCUACAGGAAUACAGGAUAGUACCUGUCGACCAGUAAUGCAGAGAUCCUUGUUAUGUCACUUGUUACCAAUGAGGAAUGAUGGGCUUUAUUUCACACCAUUUCAAAACUGAUUUGUCAUGUUUUUUUAUUGAUCAGAUCCUUGUUAUGUCACUUGUUACCAAUGAGGAAUGAUGGUUCCUGUACACAAUGUGAGGUAUUCAAACUGCAAGUUUAUAUAUCCAUUUUUGCUAUUUAUCUUCUGUUAAAAGGAAUUGAACAUUCAGAUGAUAUUUGAUCAUGACCAUUUCACAUGAGAUUGCUUCAGUUGCGUGUAUUAGCUUGUGCAUUGGCUGAGCUGGCCUGAAAAUCACAAGAGGAGGCAAAUUUUUAGGAAAACUUUUAUGGACCUUGACCUUGCUGCUGUUUCUGAAAUAAAUGAGAAGAAGCUUGUCGCAUUAGAAGGUUUGCCAAUUAUCUUUUGUUAGAUAUGGUGCUCGGCAAUAAAUAAAGCCAAGGCUGGGGAGAGAGUGUGGGGCUGCAGGUGUAAGUUCCUCGAUAACAUACCUGUUGCUGGAAUUUAGAAAACUGAAAUCUAAUCAAGAGAGAACAGACUCAGGGCCAAGCUAGAUGGAGUCUACUGGACGAGGGAACAUACAGAAUCAAUAUUGAUGCAACUUUCCCUACCAAUGCAAGGAGGUGGGUUUUGUGGCAACAGAUACUGAAGUUUAUAUAUGAGUUUGUAACUGGUGACACUUCUAGACUGGUUGUUUUAAUCGAAAGUGAUCUUUCCUUUCAAUAAUCUUUGUUCAAGAAUGAUAAAGACAUGUAACCAUAUUUUGUUCCAGGUUUAGGAUUCCCAUCUGAACAUCACAUUUUAGAUGAUUCUUGUGAGCCUAGCUGUCAUAUUCUUCAA